UGUGGCUACGGAAGCCGGGCGGGCAUAUUUCGAACCGUGGCUCGGGUGGAGGUGGUGGCGGCCAAAGAUGCACUCCGCUGGCUUGUCGACGGCGGGGACACCCCGGCAGCCCUCAAAGCGGAGAAUCCCUGUGUCCCAGCUGGGCAUGUCUGACCCCCACCAGCUUUUCGAUGACACGAGUGCGGCCCAGAGCCGGGGCUAUGGCGCCCAGCGGGAGCCCGGCGGCCUGGGCUGCCCUGCAGCCGCCCCCUCGCCCCAGGGGGCCUUCCUGAAUGACCCAGUGUCCAACAUGGCCGUGGCCUACGGGAGCAGCCUGGCCGCGCAAGGCAAGGAGCUGGUGGAUAAGAACAUCGACCGCUUCAUCCCUGUCACCAAGCUCAAGUACUAUUUCGCCGUGGACACCCUGUACGUGGGCAAAAAGCUGGGCCUGCUCUUCUUUCCCUACCUGCACCAGGACUGGGAGGUGCAGUACCAGCAGGACACGCCCGUGGCGCCCCGCUUUGAUGUCAACGCUCCUGACCUCUACAUUCCAGCUAUGGCUUUUAUCACCUACAUCUUGGUGGCCGGCCUGGCUCUGGGGACUCAGGAGAGGUUCUCCCCAGACCUCCUGGGGCUGCAGGCCAGCUCGGUGUUGGCCUGGCUGACAUUGGAGGUGCUGGCCAUCCUGCUCAGCCUCUACCUGGUCACUGCCAACACUGACCUCACCACCAUUGACCUGGUGGCCUUCUUGGGCUACAAAUACGUUGGGAUGAUCGGCGGGGUCCUCAUGGGCCUGCUCUUUGGGAAGAUUGGCUACUACCUGGUGCUGGGCUGGUGCUGCGUGUCCAUCUUUGUGUUCAUGAUCCGGACGCUGCGUUUGAAGAUCCUGGCGGAGGCUGCGGCCGAGGGAGUCCCAGUGCGCGGGGCACGGAACCAGCUGCGUAUGUACCUGACCAUGGCCGUGGCCGCGGCGCAGCCUCUGCUCAUGUACUGGCUCACCUUCCACCUGGUGCGGUGAGGACAGUGGGGCCCGCCUCUAACUGCUGUUCCUGGAGGCUACCAGCUACCUGCCAGCUACCAGCUAUCGCCUGCCGCCGCAGCUAUAGUCCAGACAGUCCUCUUCCCCGGGGCCUGAGACCCUCCCGCGUUCCACCGCCCUCCGCCCCGCCCCCUUCACCACCAAGUGCUGAGAUCCCCAGCUGCACUAGCCGUCCCUCUGGCAGGUGGCGGCUGUUCCAGAAACAAUAAACCCUGAUGGGCUCA